GCCCCUCAUCCCGGUACCUGGCCCCCUUUGGGGUUAAGGUGCUCCAAGACAGUACCAUGCCUCCCUCUUCCACUCCCCCCCAGCAGCCUCGGGCUUUCCCCCUAGAUUAGCUGCCUGACUUCAUUGAGUUCCUUCCCUUCCUGCUUCUUGCAGGGAAAAGAGGGGGAGGUGGCAGCUUUGCAGAAACUGGGCCCUCAGAAUUCAGUGUGAUUUUUUUUUUUUUUUUGCCAGAGCCUGCUUGGGGGUGGGGAGUACCAUGGAGGGUGGUUAGAUCUCUGCUACCCAGACUGAAUGAGAGGAUGGGAAGGAGACACUGACCUGAGAGGAAGAGGGGCUCUAGCUGGGGAUGAAGGUUACAGAGUGGGAAAUAGGCCAGGCACAGGAGAGGCAAAGGCAGUGUUAGGAGAGAUCCAGGAGGUGACGUGAGGGAGGUAACAGAGGGCCAGGAAUGCUGGCACCUGAGGCUGAGGGCAGGUCUGUCUGGAGCCUGGCUGUUAAGUAAGAGCUGCCCUCAGCAGGAGCCUGAAUGCCCGGAACAGUUAUCCCUGGGAGGGGAGGGGAAGGUUGUCCAGCUCUGCAGGUGAGAGCUCCCAAGUCCUUGGUUUCUUUCAGUGGUGGAGCUGCAUGGCCAUGCGGGCCUUCCUCUUCCCCCAUCCCUCCCUGACCACCUGGAGGCUUGGCCCUGUCCCUGUGACGGGGGCAGCAUUUGGACACUGGGGGUCCUGGGAGAACCUAGCUUCUCAAGCCCUUACCCAGUUCUGUAUGGGCGCAGGGCCUUCUCCUUCUUCUUGGCGAAGAGCUGGAAAUCCAGUGGGAGGCCAUUGCUAUAGCAACAGGCACAGGCCCUGGCUUUACCUCAUCAAAUUCCAGCCCGACGCCAAAGCGAUUGAGAAAUUUAAAAAAAAAGAAAAGAAAAAAUGUAUUCCAGAUGUUUACUUUUUAUUCCAUGUUUUUCCGUGUUUGGAUGGAGGCAGCUCUGACAGAGGCUCUGGAGGGAGGGCUGGGGAGGCAAAAGAGGAGGGAACCAGGGGAUGGGAACCACUCCCAGCAGAGGGAGGGAGACAAGGAAGGAGCUGGGGCACCCGGGGCGGAGCAGCUGCAGGUUGGCGUGGAGCGGGUUUUUCCCGUCCCCCAUGAGGUGAAGUGAUUCACGGGAGUGCUCAGCCUCUGAGGCCCAAGUGCCCUGCCCAGCCUGGUGCCCUCCGUUGGGAAGUGGGCACCCACUUUAGGGGGUGGGGGAGGGACAGCUAGACCGUGGGAAAGGUAAGUGGGGUCCUGGUUCAGGAGGCUGGGCUCUUCCUAGAUUCUUGGUUGAUGAGAGGGCUGGGGAGUUGUUCCAGGGGCUGGGCUGGCUGCUGGGUGCCCCUCUCUUUUCCCUUCAACUUUUCCCCCCUUUACUAGAGUUCCCCUUGCCUAGCUCUCCGCCCUCUUCCCUUCUCCCUCCCGCUCUUCUAGUAUGUACUUCCCUUGCCCAGGCUCAGCCUCUCCUGGCCCCUAAUCCUGGCUGUCUGCUCCCUCUCCCUUUCUUCCUGACUCUUUCCUUCUUCUUUAGGGUCUGCUGCAUGUGAUGAAUUUAUCCACUCUCAGGGAAAGUGCACUCAUGGCUUCCCAGCCCCCCCAAGAGAUGGAGGAGGAGCUGCUGCCUGCUGGCCUGGAGCCAGGGGACUCACGGGCCAAACCUCCAGUCAAGCCCAAACCUGAGCCCCGGACACUGCCUGCCAAGCCAGCUCUGCCAGCCAAACCCAGCCUGCUGGUGCCCCUGGGGCCCAGACCCCCCAGAGGUCCCUUAGCUGAACUGCCUUCUGCCAGGAAAAUGAACAUGCUGGCAGGGCCCCAGCCCUACGGUGGCAGCAAGCGCCCCUUAGCCUUUUCUCCUCGGCCAGCCCCAGAGGCACCAUCUGCAGGAGCCAGCCCUCGGGAGGCCAGCAAGGAAGAAGGGCCCCCGACCACCCCUCCAGCCCGAUGCCCAGCCCCAGCUGGGGUCCGAAAAGCUCCUGCUCCUUUCCGGCCAUUGUCUGAUCGAUUCUCUACCAGCACUGUGGAGGAGAUUUUGGCCAAGAUGGAGCAGCCCCGAAAAGAGGGCCCUUCCAGCCCUGACCGCCUCUGGGGCUCCCGCCUCACCUUCAGCCAUGAUGGCAGCUCCCACUACGGCCCACGGGUUUAUGGCCCGGUGCAGGGUCCUGGCGAUGAGGAGGUGUCACAGAGCACCUCCAAAGCCCUGUCCCAGGAAGAACAGGCACAGCCCGAGGAGGGGCAGGACGAAGGAGGCCGGAAUUCAGUGGGACAGUGCCCUGCCCAGCCCCAGGAUGCCCAGCCCGAAGCAUCUAGCAGGAUUUCUGAAGAGAGACGCGUCUCCUCUGACCCGACGUCCAAUGGAGACCUGGCUCCCGCCGGAGACCUGGCAAGCGCGGCGUUGCUCUGUGCAGUUUCCAAGCCUUCAGCCCAUCCACACCACACUCUUUCUCCAGUCUCGGGCUGUUCUGAGCCCCACGAUCACCCCCCUAGUCCUGCAAAGGCUCCAGUGUCCCUGUGCCCAGCCCCCUCUGCUGAGGAACUCUCAACCUCCCGGAGCCCAGCCCCCUCCACAGAGAAGUUACCCGAAUCCCUGAAACCAUUCAGCCCAUCCUUCCCAUCAGGAGAAUCCUCCGGGUCCCCCAGCUCAGUCCCUUCCCCUGAGAAGACUUCCACUACCACAGAGGCCCCAGGGUCCCCCGGCCCAGAGCAUCUCCAGGUCAUCUCUCCCCAGAUUCCACCUUCAGGGGGCCAGUUUUUGGAGCUCUCGAGAACAUUUCCCCUGGAGGAAAAGGCAGAGGAGGGUGGAGAGUUAGGCCUCCGUGCCCCCCACCUCGAGCAGCGCCGCUUCUCUGAAGGUGUGCUUCGGCCCCCCAGCCAAGAUCAGAGGAAACUAGGGGGGUCCCUGGCUGCCUUGCCUCAGGGUCAGGGAGGAGCAAAUGGCUUGGAGCAGCCCUUUGGGAGUGGGACAGAAUCCAACUGGAGCUUGUCACAGUCCUUUGAAUGGACCUUCCCCACUCGGCCUUCAGGCCUCGGAGUGUGGCGCCUGGACUCUCCGCCACCCUCCCCCAUCACUGAAGCAGAUGACUCGGGCCUCUCUGAGGGAGAAGGGGAAGAGGCUGAUGGAGUUCGGAGCUCCAGGCCCAUCAGGGCUGCCUCCGGGAUUCAGAGUCAGAGCACUCAUCAGGGGCUCCUCCAGAAUCAACAGGGAGAUGACAGAAAUCCAGCUUCCUCCAACCCCUCAUCAGAUCUCCAGCCCAAAGACCAGGAUUCACCAAGACUGCCACUGCUACAAGCCGAAGAGGUGGCAGGACCUGGGGAACCCCUGGCCGGCCUGGAGGUUCCCUUCCCUCCCACUCCAGAGGAGGAGGCUGCCUUGCCCAUCCUGGAGCCUGUUCGGGAGCAGGAGCCCCCCCUUCCCCCAGCUCAGCCCUGCAUCUUAUUUGCUGAUGCUCCUGUCCCUGAGCAAGCUACACCCUCCCAGGAAGAUGCCCCAGAUUUGGCAAAGGCAGAGACCAACCUGACUAGGCCCGAGGGAGAAGACCCCCCAAGGAUGUCACCUGAGCUGAGGGCCCCUGAAAGUGAUUCUGGCUGGCUAGACAAGCUCUUGGCCUCGCCACCUCCUAGUGCCAAUGGCGUCCGGAAAGCAACUGUGCCUGAGCAACGUGAGCCUCAGAUGCCCAGUGCCAGCCCUGAGGGACUCCUGGGAUGGGCUCAGAAAGACCUGAAAAGUGAAUUUGGAAUCGGUGUAGACUCUCACCCUAGCACCUUCAGCUCCUCCUCAGCCUGGGCCAGAGAGAGUGCCAGGGGCUAUGGCAUUGGGGGCGCAGGCCCCCGUGAGAGAGAUUGGGGCAUGGAGGACGGCCGUGCGAGAGUGACGCAAAGCCAGCAGGAGUGGAGCAACACUUAUGGCAUUAGCCAGCCAGGGAUGGAGGACGAGUUUGGAUCCAGGAGUGGAGACCAGAGCAAGGAGCAUAUCCUAGGAGGAGAUAGGAUGGCCCAGGAGUUUGGGAAGGCAGAUCAGCUCGGGCCUUACAGUUGCCAAGCUGCUGACUUGCAGGACCGAGAAUUUGAGAAGAGAGACUCGCUUGGGACUUUCAGUAGCCAGGCUGUUGAGUUACAAGACUGGGAAUUUGGGAAGAAAGAUCCACUUGGGACUUUCAGUAGCCAGGAUGCCGACUUACAUGGCCGGCAUUUUGAGAAGAGGACCUGGAUGAGUGAAUAUGGCGGCGGCAGCCAGAGGGAUGCAGAUCGCCUGGAAAGAGCCUUCGGAGAGAGAGAUCUGAGUGGUGUGUUCAGUGUGGAGCACUCAGAGCAGCAGGACAAAGAAUUUGGGAAGAAAGAUCAAAGCGACAGCUCUUGCCUUAGAGAGGUUAACAGGGAAGAGAUGUUGGAGAAAGAGCCAGAGAUCUUAUAUGGUCCUAAUGCUCCCAAUUCCCAGGACCAGGCGCUCGGUGAGGGAGAUUUGAGCAGUUGGCCUAAGAGCAAUGACUCUAAUCGUCAGGGAGAAUUUGGGAAGAAAGAGCAAGCCGAGACUUACAGGAGCAAUGAUGCUAACCGCCCGUCCAGGGAAUUUGGGAAAAAAGAUUGGCCUAGUGAAUUUGGCCAAGGAGACACGAGUCAGACAGAGAGGGAAUUCAGUCUAGGGAGACGGGAUUGGACCAGUGACUUCCGAAUCGAAGGCACAGACAAGAGCGACCAGUUUGGUAUCAUUGGGACUGAUCGAGGCAACUGUUCAGGCCUGGGCAUUCUCAGUGGCUCAAAUAUGGGAAGCACCAACUUUGUGUCUCCUGGGAAUAUUAUGAUGGGACAGACACAAUGGACGGAUGAUCUGGGUCUCAGGAACUUGGAUGUAUCUGGUUGUGUGGGGUCAGAAGGGCCAAGUGAGGCCCGAGAGCAUGGGGUUGGACAGACUGACUGGUCCUCUGACUUGGGCUUGAGAAACAUGAAUAUGUCCAGUGGCUUAGGGAAUGGGGACCCUGGGGAAUCGAGGGAGCUCGGCGUAGGGCAGAAAGACUGGACCCCAGAUCUCGGUCUGAGAAAUAUAGAUGUCUCAAGGGUCUUAGAGUCAACAGGUCCCAGCGAGGCCAGAGAAUGUGGUGUAGGGCAGACGAACUGGAUUCACAGUCUUGGGAUAAGGAAUACGGAUGCACCCAGUGACGCGAAGCCUGGAGAUCCUCUGUCAUCAAGGGAGCACGGAGUAGGCCAAGCAGACUGGACAUCUGACCUCAUGCUGAGAAACCUAGACCUGGGGACGGGGGGCAGCCUCAGAGAGGCCAGGGAGCAUGGCGUAGGGCAGAUGGGCUGGAGCCACGAUCUGGGGUUGAGGAACAUGAAUCUGUCUAGUCCCCUGGAGUCCGGGGGUUCCAGUGAGGCCCGAGAAUGUGGAGUUGGACAGAUGGACUGGCAAGACAACCUGGGCCUCCGCGCCACCGACUUUUCAGGUAGCUUGGAUCUCACCGGUACAAGCGAAGCUCGAGAGCAUGGGGUCGGCCAGGUGGCCUGGCCUCGGGACGGAGACCUCACAAGCCCCAGUUUAUCUGGUGACCUGGAGGCCGGAGAGCCCUCAGAAGCCCGGGAGCUAGGAGUCGGAGAGGUGAGCCAGCCUGGCGUUCCUGAGAGCCAAUAUGGCGGCAACUCCUCCCAGCCCUCAGAUGGGAGCGUGGCUGAGACUGGGAUGGACUCGGCAGAAUCCACCAACUCAGGGACCAGCUCUGGCGGGUACCUCGGCCGAUCUCCACCCUCUGGCUCUCAGGGACCACCACAGGAUGUGCCGGGCGGCAGCGGGCUCAGAGUGGCCGCUGGCAGAGAGAGGACGGCCUUGAGUCCUGGGGCCCAGUCAGAAGAGGAAGAAGAAGAAGAGACGAUGGCAGAUGGUGCCGGGGAGCGGGGGCCGGAGCUCGGAGGGACCCCCCUGCCUUCUUGCCGGCCCCAGCCUGAUGGCGAGGCCAGCCGCGCAGAGGAGAUGGACGGUGGCUGGGCUCCCCGAAGGGAUGGCCCUGCGGCCCCCAGGCUGCUCCCCGGCCCGCCGUCUGAGGACUUCUCCUUCAUGGAGGAUACAGAAGUUCUAGACAGUGCCAUGUACCGGAGCCGUGCCAAUCUGGGCCGCAAGCGUGGCCACCGGGCUCCAGCCAUCCGGCCUGGGGGCACCCUGGGCCUCUCCGAGGCCGACAGCGACGCCUGGCUCUUCCAGGAUUCCACAGAGCCUCGGGCCUCUCGGGUGCCAUCUUCGGAUGAGGAGGUGGUGGAGGAGCCUCAGAGCCGCCGCACACGCAUGUCGCUGGGCACCAAAGGCCUGAAGGUCAACCUGUUCCCCGGCCUGAGCCCCUCCGCUCUCAAGGCGAAGCUGCGUCCCCGAAACCGCUCGGCCGAGGAGGGGGAGCCUGUGGAGAGCAAGUCCGCCCCAAAGGAGUCUGCCGUCCAGCGCUCCAAGUCCUGCAAGGUUCCCGGCCUCGGGAAGCCCCUCGCGUUACCUCCCAAGCCAGAGAAGUCCUCAGGGUCUGAAGGCUCCUCCCCAACCUGGCUGCAAGCAUUGAAGCUGAAAAAGAAGAGGGUCUGAGGCACCGCUUUGGAGGUGGUUCGUGCCAUCCUCCGAAGCAGCCCCAACCCUGUGAGGCCCUGGACCAGGGAGGAGGGCUGGAGCCCGGCCGCCCAGUCCGGCCUCCUCCCCUGCCCUGUCCCGGCACAUUUAUGCACUUUGGACCCCCCUGGGAUGCAGUCAUUAGAGCGGUCGGUGUCGGCCUGUCCCCCUCCCCCUGGGUUUUUUUUUAUACCACUUUAUAGCGUUUUGAUAAAAGCCUCGAUUUUUUGUACCGGGCGGUGGCCGCCCCCUCCCUGCCCCGGAGCCUGUGGACACCGAGGACGGUCACUUACAAUAAAGCUUUCUGGGGAUUGGUGAUGAGGCCGCCGCUCCGUCCUCCCUUGUUCGGCCCGGCCUUGGGGAGCUGGUGGGCCAGCUGAGGGCUGCGGGGCCUGGCCUGGGCCCCCUCGGAGCCCAGACAGGGAAGGGGCUGACCCCCCGUGGGACCUGGGCCGUUGGGGCCUGGGCCGUUGGGGCCUCCGGCCAGCGGCUCUGACCCGGAAGCCAGCCGGCCUCAGAACGGGUGCGGCGGCUCUCGGUCCGGAGGAUGGUCUUUCCUUCCCUACCUCAGACACCCGCCCCCUUGGCGCUUCCUCUCGGCUCAGCCUCCUGCUGGCUCCUCCACUUUCUUGCAGACUCCCCUGGGCUCUCCUCAUCCCCUUGGGGCGGCAGGCAGGUGUGGGCGUCCUUAGCCCCUGGCCUGACCCUCCCACAGAAAUGACUCGCCUAAGGUCACGCAGGAAGUAGGGGCUGUAGCUCGGGCUGUCCUUUAUUCUCCUGGGGCCUCCGAGGGGAGGGACGUGGGGAAGAACCUGGAGGCUGUGAGCCCGCCCCUGCCGGACCUCCCCGGCCCAGCUUGCUCCGCACAGGGCCUGCCACCCAGGAGGCGUCCAUGGUUAGGGGCCUCGCUUGGGACCCGAUGGCCUCCCUUGGGAGCAGGCAGAGCAGCGCCCGGCCUAGCCCAGGAAGGGCUGCCCAAGCGCAUGCUUGGCCCAAGCCGGCUCCCCACUCCUCUCCGGCCCACCGGCGCUGGCACCGCCCAAGGGAGACGGGCCUCCUUGGUGGGACCGACGGAGCCUGGGCAGCGCCCUCAGCUCAGCACUGAAGCGCUGCGUGGCAUCGUCCGGCUGAGGAAGCGCGGCAGCCUGGGGAGGGCGAGGGAGCCCCUCUGCCCGCUCGGCUCCCCGGGGCUUCGGGCUGGGACGUGAACGUGGAGGAGCCCUUCCUCCGAUCCCUUUCUCUUACAAGGGGACACCGAGGCCCAGGCCCCGUGGCUUAUCACUAAGGUGAGGCGGGUCUUUUGAUUGGUUUUCUUUCUGCAAAGGGACUAGAGCUUACAAGGAUCUCGGUGCUGCCCGCUUCCUAAGCGGUCCCUCUUGGAGGCCGUCCUUUGUUUUUUAAACCCUCCCUUUCUGGCUUAGUCAAACGGUCCUGGGUCCGAGGCAGAAGGGAGGCGAGGCUGGCCACGGGGCUCAGAGACUUGCCCAGGGUCACCCGGCCUCUCCGGCUCCAUCGUCCGAGCCGGCUGUCCUCGGGCCGUGACCUUAUUCCAUGGGGGUUUCUGCUGUCCAGAACACAGCCAGACUCGGGACCCGCCCCAGAGCCAGGCCGGGCCGAGAACUCCCUUUCUGGGGCGCCUCCUGGCUUCCCAAGCACUUUAAGCCAAUCCAAUAAACAUUUCUUAAGAA